CCCUAUCACUUCCUCUUCACUCAUUCUCCUUCCUUCAAUCAUGGACUUUUCUCAAUUUUCCACUAUCCUCUUUCUCACCGUCAUCCUAACCAUCUUUGCCGCCGUUUCCGGUAGCCGUGACCUCCCCGGAGAUUAUAUCCGAUUGCCAUCUCAAUCUCAAGCCUCCAGGUUCUUCCAUGAGCCUGAAAAUGAUGACAACGAUCAAGGGACUAGGUGGGCUAUUUUACUUGCUGGUUCUAAUGGUUAUUGGAAUUAUAGGCAUCAGGCUGAUGUUUGUCAUGCGUAUCAAUUGUUGAGGAAAGGUGGCUUGAAAGAAGAAAACAUUAUUGUUUUCAUGUAUGAUGAUAUUGCUUCCAAUGUAGAGAAUCCAAGGCCUGGAGUCAUAAUUAACAAACCUGAUGGUGGUGAUGUUUAUGAAGGAGUUCCAAAGGAUUACACUGGUGCAGAGGUACAUGCUGACAAUUUCUAUGCUGCUUUACUUGGAAAUAAAUCAGCUCUUACAGGUGGGAGUGGGAAAGUUGUGGAUAGUGGUCCCAAUGAUCAUAUUUUUGUAUACUACACUGAUCAUGGAGGUCCAGGGGUUCUUGGUAUGCCCGUUGGUCCUUACUUGUAUGCAUCUGAUCUGAAUGAAGUCUUGAAGAAAAAACAUGCUUCUGGAUCAUAUAAGAGCCUAGUAUUUUAUCUGGAGGCAUGUGAAUCUGGCAGUAUAUUUGAAGGACUUCUUCCAGAAGAUAUCAAUAUCUAUGCGACAACGGCUUCAAAUGCAGUAGAAAGCAGUUGGGGAACAUAUUGCCCUGGGGAGUACCCUCCCCCUCCUCCAGAGUACUCAACCUGCUUAGGUGACCUAUACAGUAUUGCUUGGAUGGAAGACAGUGACAUACACAAUUUACGAACUGAAAGUUUGCACCAGCAAUAUAAAUUGGUUAAAGAUAGGACUAUCAAUGGUUACUAUGGUUCUCAUGUGAUGGAGUAUGGUGAUGUAGGGCUUAGCAACAAUCAUCUCUUCCUAUAUUUGGGUACAAAUCCUGCCAAUGACAAUAUUAGUUUUGUGGAUGAAAGCUCCUUGAAAUUGAGAUCGCCUUCAACAGCAGUUAACCAAAGGGAUGCUGAUCUCAUUCAUUUCUGGGAUAAGUUCCGCAAAGCACCUGAGGGUUCUCUGCGGAAAAAUGAAGCACAGAAAGAAGUUUUGGAAGCAAUGUCCCACAGGAUGCAUGUAGACAACAGUGUGAAACUGAUUGGAAAGCUCUUAUUUGGCAUUGAAAAGGGUACUGAACUGCUCGACAAUGUUAGACCUGCUGGAUCACCACUUGUUGAUAACUGGGAUUGCCUCAAAACCAUGGUGAAAACUUUUGAGACACAUUGUGGAUCCCUAUCUCAGUAUGGUAUGAAACAUAUGAGGUCCUUUGCGAACAUCUGCAAUGCAGGAAUACAAACUGAGCAAAUGGCCGAGGCCUCAGCACAAGCUUGUGCCAGUAUUCCUGCCAACCCUUGGAGUUCUCUACAAAGGGGUUUCAGUGCAUAGUGCCUAUAAAAUGUGCACUUUGUAAAAAUCAUGUACAAUUGUUACAUAAUGUUUUAUGAUUGUAUAUAGUCAUAGAUAAUGUGCAUUGAUCAUGAUCUCUUGUCAUGAUUCUGUAAAUACAAUUGGAAAACUACUAUGACAUUGGGGAGUAGGGUUUUUGUCCAUUUCUUAGAAAUGCAUGAUUCUUUUACUACGGUUUUGGAUAGAACGAGGUACGCGUUUUUAGUACCGGUGACAUAUUAAGCCUUUGUUCGUCCAAAAUCAUAGUAAUUGAGCUCUCAAUUUCUUUUGAUAAAUGGAGAUGAUCUCUACUUGAUAUUGUGGGGGUCCUCUUGUCACAAACAAGUAUGUGAAUAUGUUUUUAAUCCCAUCAGUUAUAGGGUUGUAUUGUAGCAAGAUAAAUAAUUUCAAGGGAUUAUGGCAUUUAUAACAGGAGGGAUAAAAGACCACAGUUCUGCCUGUUGUGGAAUGUCCAAUAUGAUAGGGAACAAGGUCAUGAGUGAAUGCCAAUGUGUAUUGUGUGUAAUAGUGGAAGUGGGUAAUUGGCAGACAGGAGCUACCCUAGACACUUUGCAAUAGAAUUGACAAUCCUUUGUACAAUUAUUUUAGUAUAAUGUGUGUAAUUCAUACAACUACUAUUGUUUACUAUUAAUGAUGAUGUUGUAUAUAUAUUUGGUUAAAUUA